UUUUUAUUUAAACGAUUCCGUCAGAACUCAAGUCUUUCUCCAUUCUAUGCCAAAUGUACUGAGCAGUGAGCUUCUUUGAGAAAACAGAGGAGGAGAGGGAGAGAAAGAGGUUCCAUUGUCGUCUCUUAUUAGAAGAAAAGAAGACUACUCGGGUAAGGAGGAGGGUAAUCAAAUCAAGAACAAGAAAAGAAGAGAAGAGAUGAUGGAGAUGACAAAGAAGGAAACGUCACAUCGGUGGUGGUUUGAUAGUCACCAUAGCUUCAGGCGCUCUCCCUGGCUACAGUCUACUCUUGGCGAGCUAGACGUGAAGACGAAGGCAAUGUUGAAACUGAUAGAGGAAGAUGCAGAUUCCUUUUCCCAACGUGCAGAGCUGUUUUACAAGAAACGACCUGAGCUAAUUAGCAUGGUUGAAGAUUUUUACAGGACAUAUCGCUCGUUAGCAGAACGAUAUGAUCAACUGAAGUCUGACUCCGCAAAUCGCCUCCUAACAACAUUGGCGUCCCCAUUUUACACCAAAUGUCUGCCCCAGAAGUCAAUGGAGUCCCCAUUUUACACCAAAUGUCAGCCCCAGAAGUUAAUGGAAGAGAUGGAUCAAUCUUGUGACAGCAGCUCUGAAACUUAUGACCCAGAAGACUCCGCAGAGUCUGAAGUUGAUGAUCCUGAGCUGGAAGAUGAAACUGAACUUGACGCAGAAAUGGGCGAAGUUGUGGAACCAGAAGUUGAGGAAGCAGAACAAAAAAUAGAAACUAGAGUAAUAGAAGUUUCAAGUGCAGUUUCCAAUGAAGAAAUGGCGAAAUUGCAGGAAGAAAUAGAAAGACUCAAAGAAGAGAACAGAGUUCAGAGGGAUCAACUUUUCAAGAAAGAUGAAGAGAAGAGAGAAGUUAUAAGACAGCUCAGUGUGGCUGUAGAUGUGCUUAAGCUAGAGAAUGUGGAGCUAAGGAAGAGUGUGGCCAGAGACUCCCCCAAGACCAAGAGAAAGAGCCUUUUUGAGUUCGAGAAAUUGAAGGAUAUAUUUGCAGGGAAGCUUUUCAACGGAUCUUCAAAUUCUCGAGGCACUUUAGUAGCUGUUUAGAUAUAAGUUUGUAGCCAACAAAUACUUGUAGACAGGUUAUAUCUAGAAUAGUGUGUAUAUCAUGUGCUAAAUUUAGAUAGUCAUUACAUAGUUUUUUUUGAACUCUAUUUUACGAAGUCAAUGUAAGACUAAUCUUUAGCAUGCUAAAUUUAUAGCUAUCGUUAAUACUAGUUCAAUAUUUCUAGGCAUGUAAUCUUGAGAAUUUUAAUCGCAGGUAAAACAUAUUCAGUGUUUUUAUAUCA